AUGAACCCGAGCGAAGAGUUCGUCGCGGACCUCCUCGACCUCUCGACGUUCGACUACUCGCUGCAAUGGUCGACUGAAGAGGCCGAGGUCUACGAAGCCCUUCUCUCGAGCAAGCCAUCGCCCCCGUCGCCCGAGGAGCCCGCGCCGCCGCGCCAGCACAGCAAGAACUACUUGACGCUCAAGCGGUACCGCACCAAGAGGCGCCAAGAGGUCGACGAGCUUCGGCGUGCAGCCAAGGAGCUUGAGGAGCGCCUCUUGCGGUUGCAACACGCCAAGUCGGUGAAGGACGCGUUGCACCCGCCGACCAAGUGGCAGUCUCUGGCGGUCAAGGAGCGCCGACUCGAGCAGACGGCGCAGGCCGAGAACCUCCAGCUCAGAGAGCUUGUCCAGGACCACAUGAUCACGGCACAGAUUCUAUCCAACGUACUCGAGAAGACGCGGCAGCAAGCGCAGAACAUUUCGUUUUUGCACUCGGCCGAGGACAAGUGGAAGCAGCUCGUCCUUGUGGCAGACCCGGCGCUGCGCGUGCGUGGUAUACACGCAAUAGUCGAUCGCGAGUUCAGCCUCCUCGAGAGCGCAUUUGUUGAAGCCGGUCUCAUCGACGUCGCCUCGGGCAGCGAGAUCCAGCGCCACAUUUCCAAGUACUCGCACGCGGGCAGCCUCGAAUUCCACACCAUCGUCUACAGCCGUGCGAACCUGCCAUUCGCGUCCGUCCUCGACAGCAUCUGGAGCGUGAUCCUCGGCACAGUCAAUACGGUCCCAUGCUUGAACCGGUACAGCGACGAGGUCACAACCGUGGACGCCAAUACCAUGUACGUUCGCGGGCGGCUUGACCACCCGCUCGGCAACUUUCAGCGCUGCGUGGUCGUCAAGCGCUUCUUCGCGCCCGGCGCAGGCGGUACAAUGUGCUACAUGGUGUGCCGGAGCAUCGACGACGACGAGCUCGCGCCGUACAGGGCCGAGCCGCCGUACUCGAAGGAGGUGUCGUGGCUCGCGAUCGAGCCCAUGGUCGACGGCAGCGUGCACAUGAAGUUCUUUGAGAAAUUUCGGCCCUCGGCGUGGACAGAAGCGAUGCCGCUGAGCGCGCACUGGGUCAGGACGUUCGAAGACGGCGCCCAAGCGAUGCGCGACGCGGUCCGGCGGUACAUCUUUCGACACGGCGAAAAUCUCCACGACCCGGCUCCGUUAACGUUUGAAUUGUAACCC